UAAAUAGAAGAAAGAAGAAAACCAGUUUUCUGUGUUUUGUGUAAAUCACUCUACGUUUCUGACUUUCAACUAGAAUGGACUUAACCCGGGUGUAAUGUAAUGUCCUGAUCCAAGUUCACACCUCGGAAGCACGUAGCAUUGUGGAACACCAACUUUCCAUGUUUAAAUUACAAAAUCAUGUAGUUUUACUGUGAAUCUUCCCAAUUUCUGGCUUGAAAAUUUUUUAUUUAAUUACAAAUAGAAUGCACCACAAUUUUAAGUACUUUUCUGACUCCUAACCGAAACAGUAUUAGUUUGGGUGUGAUAUUCUUUCCAUAUCUAAGUGUGAUUUCCAUGGUACUUUGAACACAUCAUAUUCCCUCAAAGGGAUUUCUAUAAAUGAAACUAGUUUCUGUUCUUUGUGACAUUUUCACACAUUCCAUGCAUUUAUUCCUGCAUGCUAUUCCUGGUCUAUUAAUGGUAAGGGACAGUUUUAUCCCCAUAAAUGUUCUAUUCUGACUCCAAACGGGUUGGAGUGAUUCCUCUGCUGACAAUAGACGAUCUUGGUGCUGCACACGAAAGGGAAAGGAAACGCCGACUUCUCCAUUCCAAAAUCCCCUCUGCCUCAUCUUUUAGCUCCAACGUCUUGUUUGGUCGAUCUUAAGCUUUGAGACGCUCUUUCCUUGGCUCCAGGGCUUCUUUCGGUCGCUUUUCGACUGCCCCUUUGCGCAGAGACGGUUGUUGGCCUUGAGUAAUCCACCUCCGCUUGAGAUUUGAGGCGCCAGAUUUAUCGAGCCCGAGUGGACAAAGUUGGUAGUUAGCCACCUAGCUAACUGUUAGCUUGUAGCCCUUUUUGGUUCCAGCUUCGGGGGCGUCGUUUUGCGCUACAUUUGGCUCCCGACAGCUAGCAGCUACAUCUGAAUGCUGCUUUUGGUGAGGUUUAGAGCUGUUGUCGGUAGCUAAGGCGCUCCAUAUUGGCUGCUCGCUGUUAAGUCAGCGUAAAAAGCCCGGAAGGAAGCCAAAGUGAAGGCCCGAGUUCAGCAACACCAAGAGCCGCCUCCAUCUGUGUGUUUGUACCGCCGCGCAGUGAGAGUUGACAGCUUACUUGGUGACAGAGAGACUUCUCCCUGAGGAGCCAAGAAGCAGACGGCUCAUGACUUCUGACCAGGACACGAAAGUUGUAGCUGAACCACAGGUGCAGCAAGUACAAGAGGCAAAAGAGAACUCUCAUUUGGAAUCAGCCAAGGUUUCGGACCUCAACCCCAAUGCGAAAGCAUGGGCCAACCACAUGUUUAGCCUGGACACCAGCGGCACUGCUGACACCACGACUGCUGCCCUGCAGCCAUGGAAGGAAGGCUGCGAUAGUUCAGCCGACCCCGGCCCAGAAGGCUUUGAAGCCAGUGAGGACAAAGCUUACAAGGAGCCUCAGCUAACUGACCCAGAUGAGCCUCCACCGGCACCAGUAAUGCUAGCAGAGCCAGCCCCCGUUGCCACCGUCACACUGGAGGGCUCGGAGCCCGCCUACACAGAGUACCCCGAGCCUGGGCAGCCAGCGCACACAGGCAGUGAUUCUCAGCCUGACAACACCCAGGAGGGCUUAAGAGAGCACCUGAAGAAGACCCUGGAGUUCUGCCUGUCCCGGGAGAACCUGGCCAGUGACAUGUACCUCAUCUCCCAGAUGGACAGCGACCAGUAUGUGCCAAUUGUGACGGUGGCCAACCUGGACCACGUCAAGAAGCUCAGCACUGAUGUGGAGCUGAUAGUGGACAUUUUACGAUCUUUACCGUUGGUCCAGGUGGACGAGAAGGGGGAGAAGGUGCGACCCAAUCAGAACCGCUGCAUUGUGAUCCUCCGAGAGGUUCCAGAGAGCACACCUGUAGAGGAGGUGGAAGCCCUUUUCAAAGGGAACAAUUUACCCAAGUUUAUCAACUGUGAAUUUGCCUACAACGACAACUGGUUCAUCACCUUUGAAUCAGAAGCAGAUGCACAGCAGGCAUAUCAGUAUCUUCGUGAAGAAGUGAAGACCUUCCAAGGGAAGCCAAUUAAGGCGAGGAUAAAGGCUAAGGCAAUCGCCAUCAACACUUUCAUGCCAAAGAACGGUUACCGGCCGGUGGAGGUGAACCCGUACGCUCAGCAGCGCUACACGUCCUACUACAUCCCACCUGUUUACAGCCCGCAGCAGCAGUUCCCUUUGUACAGCCUCAUCACGCCGCAGGCCUGGUCCACCACGCACGGCUUCAUCGACCCGGGGCUGGUCACGCCCUUUCACAACAACCAGUUCAUCAAUGGAUUCACCACAUCACACAGCUUCAAACCAGCAUCGUCGCCGCUCGCAGUCAGACACUUCUCACCCAGGAACAGGAAUCACAGUAAACCCCACCUGAGGCCGACGCUCCCCCCAGUGGACCGCAGCACCGGGCUCCUGGACAGCCCCGGCCUCUUUCCCAGCUUCCCCAGCGAGAGGCUCAACGGAGUACGCAGCAGCCCGCAGGCGCGGCUCCCCUCCAGUCAGCCCAGAACCAGGUUACCCUCCACAGCGGCCUUCCCUCGCAGAGACGCCGCGGGCACGGGCCGGGUGACCGAACCUUUAAUUCCAGAUUAUUCCCUGGGAGUCAGCCGAGGAAGGAAAAAGAGGGAUGAAAAGUUUACGAGAGCGACCCCUCAGUCGCCACCUCCCAAACCUCCGUCUCCAAGCUUCGAGCUCGGCCUCUCCAGCUUCCCUCCGCUUCCGGGAGCAGCCGGACAGCUCAAGACGGACGAGGCGUUCGAGAGCCGCCUGGGGAGCAGCGUGGUUGUUGAAACCACUAAGGAGCGGAAUGUAAAUCCAGACUCCAGCAGCAGCAGUGAUCUCCCUCCAGCGGGUCCCAAAGAGCCUCUCCAGUCCUCCGCCUCCCUGCUGCCUCCGAACAUCCAGCCCUCACCCACAACCCCGACGGCUCCCUCAGCCUCAAAAUCGACCCCAGCCCCCGGCACGACACACAGUCCCGUCCCUUCGGCCUCACUGGAGGUGAAGGUGACUGAGGUGAAGCCGAAGGAGGCACAGCCAUCUGUGGAGCGUGUUCCCGGCACUCUGUCCACUGCAAGCAAAUCGGUGCAAGUCAACGGUGCUGCCACGGAGCUGAGGAAGCCCUCCUAUGCUGAGAUCUGCCAGCGAGCGAAGGAUGCCCCCACAUCACUGCAUUCAGCCACCCCCAAGGAAGCCAAACCAAGCUGCGCUGCCCCUGCAGGCGAGGAGAAGAAGUGCACUGACACCUCUACCCCAUCAGGGGAGCACAAGGCCCGAGAGACUUACCACCCCUCCUCCAAAGCCGGCCCUGCCUCGGUCACCCAGGGCAGACCCUUAAAGGAGGGUCGAAGGCCGGCCGGGCGGUGGGCCUCCCCACCCCCACACCCAGGGAAAACCUCCAGCAAAGAUGCCCAACACACCCCACCCAAGUCCCCGCAGUAAGGCGGUUCCAGGCCCCUCUUCUUCCUCCACUACGCUCCACUUUCAAGUUUAAAAAACAGUAAAUAAGUCGGGGCUACUCAACUUAUAUCCCAGUAUCACCAGUCAGCAAACAAGCAUAGAGGACGCCUUCUUUUCUGGAUCAGGGGCUUGCAGAUAUAAAGCACUUUACUGUGCAUGUAGAGCAAUGUCCCUUCUUCUUCUUUUAGUUUAUUUAUUUGAUUUUUCAAAUCUUUGUUUUAUUUAGUUUUACAUCCCUCUUUCCUCUGCAGCUGUGCCUACGCGGCCGUUAAGGCGGCUCGGCCCAAACAGACUUAGUUCUGAACGAACUGCCGCGUGGGAUAAAAAUCGGUCUCCAGUGUGACGAAGCAGAUGAUGGGAAUCAGAAUUCACCUUGUUAGGUUUUCAUUGUGACCCGUAGGCUUGUGGCAUGUUGAGCGGCACCGUAUCUGGAUCUUAAAUAUGAGCCUAUCCCGUCUAACAUCCAAAUCCCAGAACGUUUAUUUUUCUAUUUACACUAACGUUAUUUGUUUUAUUUUUGUUUCUCCUCAGCUCCAUUUGAUGAUUUUGACUGUUGAUGCAGUUACUGAUAGUUACCACUGGGUGUCACCCUGGCUGCUUCUUCCUGCACAGAUCUGCUUCCUGUUUUUUCUUUUCCCUGCUAAUGAGGCCUGCUGGGCUGCAACGGCACCAAACUGUCUCUGAUUGAAACGUUUCUUCAGGAAAAACACUGAAUCAUCUGUUGGGAAGUGUCUGGAAGUGUUUUCCUGUUUGUUACACUUGGUCUAAUUAGCAGAGAUGUACUGUAAACGGAAGUGAGAUGCAGUGAUGCGGUUUAAAAAUCCAUCAUCAAAUCCAGCUGGUUUCAGUCCGAGAUGUCGGAAAACACUGGGAAAACUUCACGACGCCAUUAGUUAUCAUUCGGACGCUCUGGAAAAAUGGCAGUUUUCCAGGUGUUUGCACUUAAUUGGAAUAUCUGCUGAAAUCAGGGAGAAAAAACAAGAUUGGGCGCACCGGCACUGAUUCCAAGCAUUUCUCCCAGAUCACGGUGCUAGACGUGGAUUCCUGGAGCCAGUUACUGCGACUUGUUUAUUACUGGUUUACAUCCACAGAUCUACAACACAAGGAGAACCGGAGGGAAUUUGGUCUCCAUAGUUUUGCAGGAGGGAUUUUCAAGCCUUUUCUUGUUGUUUUGAUGACUUCUUACGGAAAAUGAUUAGUUGUUCUUGUUGAAGCAGUUGGUGCUGGUGAGGCUGCAGUGUUUAGAGUCUGGAUUUCUCCUCGUGCAGAACUGCGUUUGUAGCUGAAGAAUCCAGGAAGUGCAAAAUCUGGAAUAAACCUGGAAUAGUUUUAUGAAAGUGGAAGAGAUGUAGGUGAAUGAACAGAUUUGUGUGUGUUUACAUGUUAAAGAGGCACAGGCAAGUUGGUUUGGAGCAGGAAAGUCUGGAAUAUUCCCCUCCUGGAUAGAAAUAAUUGAAACUCCUUCUCCUUCCUUCGCAUUGAGUCUUCUCUAGUGUUUGGUUGUGGCAUUCGGAUCUGUUUCUCCUGGUUUUUCUGCACUCUUGGAUUCGCUCUAACUGGGAUAACUCAUCCAAAGAAUUGGAAACACAGCCUUUUCCCAGCCUCUUCGCUCCAGGUUUUUGCUGAUUAAUUUUCGCAGACCGGAGAUGAAAUCAAAGCACAGAGUUCAAGGGAUUUUUCCACCUGGACAAAUAGCAGUUGUCGAAUGUCAGAACGAAGUGUUGAAAAUCCACGAUCAGAGUGGGAAUUUUGGGGAUAUUUGGUCGGUAGAUCUGUUUACUGUAGCAGCCACUCUGGCAAAAAGUCAAAUAGUUUAGAGAAAUUAAGUUUUUUUUAGGGGAAAUGGGACGUUCCCUUUCUGCUCAUCAGUUGUGCUCAGGUUGAUCGUUUAAAAUAAAAACCACUUUGAAAACCGUCACAACGUCUCUAUCACGUCUUCCUGCAACAAAAAUCCCACUAAAGGAAAACAGGAGCCUGUUUGGAAAAGGGAAAACCUUUUUUUUUGUGCUGCUUUUCAUUAGAAUUUAAAAAAUUUAAAAUAAUUCGUUUUUGUUCUGAAGGACAGAGAUUGCGAUGCACUCGGAUGGAUUGAUUUUCUUUUCUUAUUGGUGAAAAAUGAUAAAAGUUUCCAUAUCAACUUAUUUAUAAAGCAGUGCUGUUUUUUUUUUUGGUUUUUUUUAAGUGAGAAGAUUAGGGGGAAAAAUCCAUGUUAAAGUCUCUGUACUCAUAAAAUGUAAAACAAAAUCCAUCCAGUGUUUGAAAAACUUGAAUUUUAUUUAAACUUGAAAAAUAACUUUGCCUUAACUUUUCUACAAGAUGAGCAUCAGACCCCCCCCCCCCCCCCCCCCCCCCCCCC